CAGGUGGAAAUGGCCCAGAAAGUUCUGUCCACCGACAUGGGCUCUCUCAUCAACGCCAUGCGCCUAGCCCAGCAGAACUGCCACUCUCCUCUCUUCACCGACUACCGCAAGAGCAUGCUCAAGUCUGCCCACGCGCUCGCCAUGGACUCCAAGAACUUACUGGAUGCUGUCGACUCAGCCAGGGGCAACAACUCUUAGGACUCGCAAUUUAGCUACUUUUUGUUCAUGAUAACGGUCAUUGGUAGACUUGAGUAAGAUCAGUUUCCAGACUCGGCCGAUGAUCGCAGUUUGUCAGCUUUGUUUACCAUGCCCACCAUUUGUAGACUUGAGUGAUCAUGUUAACAAUUUGUAAACAUUGUGGAUGCUGACGUUAAUGUGCUACCAUUGUGGCAGGUAACAUGAGUGUGUCGGCUGUCACUGGUGACAGUUGGCAGGGAACAUGAGUGUGUUGGCUGUCACUGGUGACAGUUGGCAGAUAUCAUGAGUGUGUCAACUGUCUGGGGUGACAGUUGGCAGAUAACAUGAGUGUGUCAACUAUCUGUGGUGACAGUUGGCAGAUAACAUUAGUGUGUCAACUAUCUGUGGUG